CGUUUUAAAGUACGUGAUAUCCUGAUACUGAUUGUGGUGAAAGACGUUUCGAAUGUGAUCGAAUACGAUGCGGCGCAACAAACGAUGCGAUGCUAUUCCACUUAUCAUAAGUAUCGAUUGGAAGUUCUGAAUCUAUCAGCCAAUAGAACACUGAAGGGAAUAUGUCCUCACAGAGAUUUUAUGUUUGCUCGUCAUUGUGUGGUGGCUCAAAGGUUGCUGGAGGGUGCAGCCGAAUGGAUCCUAUUUAUUGACGCAGACAUGGCUGUGAUAAACCCGAACAGACUGAUUGAGGAGUGGAUUGAUGACGAUGUGAAUAUCAUUCUAUAUGAUCGAAUAUUCAAUCAUGAAAUUGCUGCCGGCAGUUAUUUAGUCAAGAAUACGAAUUACUCAAUUGACUUCCUUCAUUCAUGGGCAGCUUAUGAUAGCAAUUUGCACAUUCCCCUGUAUGGCAGUGACAACGCAGCUUUGCAGAUAGUUCUUAUGGAGAAUUUAACACCGAACGAAAACAGAGAACGACAAAAAUGCUUCAGAAUUUGGGAGGAAUCGAAAGAUGAUCAUGAUCUGUAUGUGUUUGAAGCAUGCAUACGAUCGAAAAUCGGUGAUCAACACAAGUGGAUGAAUCGGGUGAGUAUUCUGCGAAAGGGCACUUCAUGGGCAGUGGCUCACGAUCCCACACUGCUUGGUGUUGACAUUAAACUCGCACAAACUGAACGUGCUACAUCGUGCCAUUUCAGCAAACUGGACCGAGUUGCGUUUGGUUCGUGGCCUUCACCACUCACCUCACAUCAAUUCAACUUGUCAAUAUGUUCAACUGAGAAUGCGGGCUUGAACUGGCAAUAUAAAGACACUUUCGUGCGAACCAACAACUUCAUCAAUUCACUUUUUCGUCGAAUAAUUCAUGAUGCUCAUUUGAGGUACUUGAGGAACUUGGCCGAAGUGGAUGCCUAUUUGUAG